AUGUCCUCCGGAUUCGUGGCAUCCGGUACAAACGAGCAGCCGGUCGAGCGGGAUGACGACUGGCUGCGCGCCGAGCAGGAGCUGGAGGAAGAGCGUCGGCGCAAGGUGGAGAUGGGCAAGCAGAAUGAUGGCAAGAGCCUGUUCGAGGUGCUGGAGCAGAACAAAAUGGCCAAACAAGAAGCCUUUGAGGAGAAAACCAAAUUGAAGAACCAAUUCCGCUCCCUCGACGAAGACGAAGUUGACUUCCUUGAUUCCGUCCUCGAGUCUACUCGUGCCCAGGAGGCCGCCGUCAAAAAGGAUACCGCCGAUCAGCUAGAAGUCUUUCGCAAACAACGUGAGGAGGCCGAGAAGGCGCUUCUAGGUCCCACAACGUCAGAUGUCACUCCUGCAGAGGAGGAGGAAUGGGCGAUCCCGGCGCGUAAGCGACGCAGGGAUAAGAAAGAUUUUCUUCUACCUGGGAAGAAACGAAAGGCUUCGUUGGAGGGAGGAAAGGAUACGGCUGGGUCUCCAGACGCGAAAACAAAUCAAUCGAGCCAAAAGAAUGGGAUAAGUGCUACUGGCGCGCCACCGAAGUCAUCGCUUAAGCAACAGCCUGAAAGCGUCAACGUGGCUAGUAAUGCCACAAAGCCGUCAGCCGCACAAGGGAGAUCAGAUGCGACCGACAAAGGCCAAUCACAAACGAAUCAACCGAAGAAAGAAGCGCAGACUUCAGCUCCAGCUCCGGCUCCGGCGGGGCUUGGACUGGUCGGCUACGGGUCAGAUUCCGAUUCGGAAUAA